CAGACUCCUCCUUCAACUCAUCCUCCAGCUAGAGCUAUAGCCUAUAGUUAGUUAGUGAAAGCAAAUGGCAAACCCCAAAACCCUCCUCCUCCUCCUCCUCCUUCUCUCACAACUAGUCUUGAUGAUGGGCGGUGCGCAUGCUGCAGACCUAACCUACAGCGUGACCAGCUUAGGAGCCAUAGCAGAUGGCAAGACUGACUCAACCAAGGUCUUCCUCUCUGCCUGGUCUAAAGCUUGUGCGUCCGUGCAGCCCGCUGUGAUUUAUGUCCCCGCUGGAAGGUUCCUGCUUCAAAAUGCUGCCUUCAGCGGGCCUUGCAAGAACAACGCCAUCACCUUCCGCAUUGAUGGCACCCUGGUGGCCCCCUCCGACUACCGCGUCAUUGGAAACGCCGGUAACUGGAUCUUGUUUGAGCAUGUGAACGGGGUCACCAUUUCCGGAGGACUUCUCGACGGACAGGGCAGUGGCUUGUGGGCUUGCAAGGCGUCAACCAAGAGUUGUCCCCGCGGAGCAACCACACUGGGUUUUUCCAGCUCCAACAACAUUGUGGUGAAUGGAUUAGCAUCCCUAAACAGCCAAAUGUUCCACAUAGUGAUCAACGGGUGUCAAAAUGUGAAAAUGCAAGGUGUGAAGGUUUCCGCCUCCGGUAACAGCCCCAACACCGAUGGCAUCCACGUUCAAAUGUCGUCUGGAGUCACCAUUCUCAACUCCAAAAUUGCAACUGGUGAUGAUUGUGUCUCAAUUGGCCCUGGCACCACCAAUUUGUGGAUUGAAAACGUUGCAUGUGGACCCGGCCAUGGAAUCAGUAUUGGGAGCUUAGGAAAGGACUCACAAGAGGAUGGUGUCCAAAAUGUUACAGUUAAAACGGUUACCUUUACUGGUACUCAGAAUGGUGUAAGAAUUAAGUCUUGGGGGAGACCUAGCACUGGAUUUGCGAGGAACAUUCUUUUCCAACAUAUUGUAAAUGUCAAUGUUCAAAAUCCCAUCGUCAUUGAUCAAAAUUAUUGCCCUGGAAACAAAGGUUGUCCUGGUCAGGUUUCUGGAGUUAAAAUCAGCGACGUGAUAUACCAAGACAUUCACGGUACAUCGGCAACACAAGUGGCUGUGAAAUUCGAUUGUAGUUCCAAGUACCCUUGUAGUGGAAUCAAAUUGGAGGAUGUGAAGCUCACUUACAAGAACCAAGCAGCUGAAGCUUCAUGCAAGUAUGCAGGCGGAACAGCGGCCGGUACGGUUCAACCUACAAGUUGCUUGUAGCCUCUUCUAGGCUUCUAGGCUUCUAGGCUUCUAGGCUUUGUAGUAGUAAUUAAAUUAAACUAAAUUAAAUGGGUUAGGAAGAUGUUUACUUAGGUAGGUGGUUGGUGAUAUAUGUAUUCUUGCUUGAGUCUGCGGUGUUGGCAGCCCAUUGGAUUGGGCUUCCUUGGAGCCUGGCCAAGCAACCCAACCCAACCCAACUCAACCCAACCCAAUCCAAUCCAACCCCUUAAAUGGAUUGGAGUGUUGUAAGAG